AUGGCGACCCUUCCCGGCACGGUACCGAGAAUGAUGCGGCCGGCUCCGGGGCAGAACUAUCCCCGCACGGGAUUUCCUUUGGAAGUGUCCACCCCGCUGGGCCAAGGCCGGGUCAAUCAGCUUGGCGGGGUCUUCAUCAACGGACGACCCCUGCCUAACCACAUCCGCCACAAGAUAGUGGAGAUGGCCCACCAUGGCAUCCGCCCCUGUGUCAUCUCCCGCCAGCUGCGUGUCUCCCACGGCUGCGUCUCCAAGAUUCUCUGCCGCUACCAGGAGACUGGGUCCAUCCGGCCUGGGGCCAUAGGAGGCAGCAAGCCCAGACAGGUGGCGACUCCGGAUGUGGAGAAGAAAAUCGAGGAGUACAAGAGGGAAAACCCGGGCAUGUUCAGCUGGGAGAUCCGGGAUCGGCUGCUGAAGGACGGGCACUGCGACCGCAGCACGGUGCCCUCAGGUUUAGUGAGUUCGAUUAGCCGCGUGCUCAGAAUCAAGUUCGGGAAGAAAGAGGAGGACGACGAAACGGACAAGAAGGAGGCCGACGGCGAGAAGAAGACCAAACACAGCAUCGACGGCAUCCUGGGCGACAAAGGGAACCGGCUGGAUGAGGGCUCAGACGUGGAGUCAGAACCCGACCUCCCGCUGAAGCGCAAGCAGCGCCGCAGUCGGACCACAUUCACGGCCGAGCAGCUGGAGGAGCUGGAGAAGGCCUUCGAGAGGACGCACUACCCGGACAUCUACACCCGCGAGGAGCUGGCACAGAGGACCAAGCUGACCGAGGCACGCGUCCAGGUCUGGUUCAGUAACCGCCGUGCCCGUUGGCGUAAGCAGGCAGGAGCCAACCAACUAGCGGCAUUUAACCACCUUCUGCCAGGAGGCUUCCCACCCACCGGCAUGCCCACGCUGCCCCCCUACCAGCUGCCGGACUCCACCUACCCCACCACCACCAUCUCCCAAGAUGGGGGCAGCACGGUGCACCGGCCCCAGCCCCUCCCGCCAUCCACCAUGCACCAGGGUGGGCUGGCUGCAGCUGCCGCGGCCGCCGACACCAGCUCAGCCUACGGAGCCCGCCACAGCUUCUCCAGCUACUCGGACAGCUUCAUGAACUCAGCGGCGCCCUCCAGCCACAUGAACCCAGUCAGCAAUGGCCUGUCCCCUCAGGUGAUGAGCAUCUUGAGCAACCCCAGUGCAGUGCCGCCACAGCCACAGGCCGACUUCUCCAUCUCCCCACUGCACGGCGGCCUGGACUCGGCCACCUCCAUCUCAGCCAGUUGCAGCCAGCGGGCCGACUCCAUCAAGCCGGGGGACAGCCUGCCCACCUCCCAGUCCUACUGCCCGCCCACCUACAGCACCACUGGCUACAGCGUGGACCCUGUGGCUGGCUACCAGUACAGCCAGUACGGCCAGACUGCUGUCGACUACCUGGCCAAAAACGUGAGCCUUUCCACGCAGCGUCGCAUGAAGCUCGGGGAGCAUUCCGCUGUGCUGGGACUCCUGCCUGUGGAGACUGGCCAGGCCUACUAGGCCCCUGGGGCGACUUGUCCCAGCCCAUGUCCCAGCCCGACCCUCACUGACCCCUCAG